AACUACACGUUAAUACAAAUCUAAUAAGAACUCAAGUGAUUUGAUAAUUUCAUAGUAUAUCUUAUGUUAGCUAAUAAUCCCACUUUAUAAGAUUAUCAUAAACUUAUUUGAUUUGAUUAGAAAUCACUUAAACUUUUAAGAUUAGAAUUAUUGUACCGAGUAAUAGGCUACUGACAAAAACAUAUUUUAGCUCGAAUUUUCUUUACUUUUAUUAUUUCCACUCUUUGUUCACUUUAGUGGAAAAAUUCAAACGCAAAAGAAAAGUUCUAACCAAAAAAAAAAAUUAAAAAAAAAAAAAAAUUACUAGUAAGAAGUCCUAAGAACCAAUAAUUCAAACUAUAAAGUAGUAGAACUCGGACUAUAAACAUUGAUUACUUUGAAUCAUUUUCUUUAUUUCUCAGCCUAACUACUUGAUCACUAAAACACCAUAAUUUCUAACAAUUAUAAUGCCAAUGUCUCCAAUAGAAUGCCCAAAAAAUAUCACCGAAUUUGUCCGAAAUCAAGGGCAUGGUGUAAAGGGUCUAGCUGAUAUUGGUAUUACCUCUUUGCCUAACCAAUACAUCCAACCCGAAGAAAAGAGGUUCAAUGAACAAAAAAUCACCCUUAGUAAAGAUGGUGAAGAUCACUCGAUCCCCAUCAUCGACAUGUCGAAUUUAGAAAAGGAUGAAAUCGAAACACUCAUUUGUAAUGCUGCAGAAAAAUGGGGGUUUUUCCAAAUUGUCAACCAUGGAGUACCUCUCAAAGUGCUAGAUGAAAUCAAGGCUGCCACGCACUGGUUUUUCGAGUUGUCGGUUGAGGAGAAGGCUAAGUAUUUGGAGAAGAAUUCACCUUCCAAAAACGUCAAGUAUGGGACUAGCUUUUCACCUGACUUUGAGAAGGUUUUUGAAUGGAAGGAUCACCUUAGUCUCUUUGUUACUUCUGAGGAGGAUGCCCUUGCUCAUUGGCCUCUUCCAUGCAGGGAUGAAGCAUUGGAAUACUUGAGAAGUACCGAAAAUGUGAUAAGAAAACUUUGUAACAUACUAAUGAAGGGAUUAAACGUCCAUGAGAUUGAUGGGCAAAAGGAGUCUCUUUUGAUGGGUUGCAAGAGAAUGAACCUAACUUUUUACCCUAAGUGUCCAAACCCUGAGUUAACCUUUGGUACCGGUCCUCAUUCAGAUGCAUCAAUCAUCACCAUACUUCUUCAAGACGACGUUGGUGGCCUCUAUGUUCGACGGUUUGAUGAUGAGAGUUGGAUUCAUGUGCCUUCUAUCGAUGGUGCUCUCGUUGUCAAUGUUGGCGACGUGCUUCAAAUACUUAGCAAUGGCAAGUAUAAGAGUGCGGAGCACCUUGUUAUCCCUAAUGCAAGCAAGAGUAGAGUUUCGGUCCCAAUUUUUGUGCAUCCAACUUCAAAUGAUGUUAUUGGUCCGUUACAAGAGAUUAUAGAUAAAGGAGCAAAGCCCAUCUAUAAAGAUGUUCUUUUCUCCGAUUAUAUUGGGCACUUCUUUAGUAAGCCUCAUGAUGGUAAGGCUACGGUUGAGUUUGCUAAGUUCUAAUGUUAAUGAUCAUGUGUCAUUCAAUAUUAAUAAUAAAUAAAGAUGAAAGGGUGAGGGAUAGCUCAAGUGGUUAGACGAUUAGAGCUUCCCUUCCGAUUUGUUCUAUUUUAGUAGACUUGUUGCAUCUAAAACCCUUAUCAGUACAUAACUUUAAUCAUUAAUAUCUUUAAUUUUAGAAAAUAAUGACUAUAAAAAUAGAUAUUAUAGAAGUAUAUAUGUA